GUUUGCUUCUGUGUUUUUUUAUUCUUUUUCCACAUAAUUUCAUCCCUAUCUAACCUUUUAUCAUAUUCACAUGUGAAAAUCAUCACCCACAUUUCAUCCUCUUUAAAAUUUCUCUCUCUAUUUCCUUCUUCUCCGUCCAGCAGGAAAAUCACUUGUAAAAAGGAUCAACAGCGAUAUAUCAGAACAAAAAAUGCCAAGAAUUUGCUUCAGAUCACCGCCUCAUACUUGCAGAGAAAGCAGAGUUUGAUCCCCAUCGAUUAUGCAAUGGCCAAAAGGCUCCUACUUUUCUUGAUUCUUCUUCUUUUGCUUUCAAGCCCAAAGUUUUGUGAGGCUGAUGAGUUCAUUUUCCACGGUUUCAAGAGUUCAGGCAGCAGAAUAAGUCUAAAUGCCGUUGCUGAAAUUGAGCACAAUGGUAUACUCAAACUCACCAACGACACGCCAAGACUUGUUGGGCAUGCCUUCUAUGAAAGCCCUAUCAAGUUCAAGAACUCCACAGAUGCGAAAGCUCUUUCCUUUUCAACAGCUUUUGUUUUUGCCAUAGUUCCUGAGUAUGAAAAAUUGGGUGGCCAUGGAUUUGCUUUCACGGUUUCAAAGUCGAAAGAGCUGAGUCGGGCUCUCCCCAAUCAGUAUUUAGGCCUUAUGAAUCCAAGCAAUCUUGGCAAUAUCUCCAACCAUGUUUUUGCAGUUGAGUUUGACACAGUUAAAGACUUUGAAUUUGGGGACAUCAAUGACAACCAUAUAGGGAUUGAUAUCAACUCUCUAGUCUCAAAUGCUUCUGUCAGUGCCAGUAAGGAAGGAAUCAAUCUCAAGAGCGGCAUGAGGAUUCAGGCCUGGAUUGAUUAUGAUUCGACCAGGCAGGAAUUGAAUGUAACUCUUUCACUUUCUUCAUCAAAACCCAGUGUUCCAAUCCUUUCAUAUCCUCUGGAUCUUACCCCAAUUUUUAUGGAGUAUAUGUAUGUUGGCUUUUCUGCUUCAACAGGUUUACUUGCAAGUUCUCAUUUUAUUUCUGGAUGGAGUUUCACGAUGUACGGGCAAGCCAAGUCCCUGGAUCUAUCUUUGUUGCCUUCAAUUCCUGGUGCAAAGAACAAUCAAGUGGCCUUAAUUCUAGGUACAUCCUUAUCAGCUGCUGCUUUCAUGGUGCUUGCGAUUGGGUUAUCCUUGUACAUACUCAAGAAGAUUAAGAAUAGGGAUGUGAUUGAAUCUUGGGAGCUUGAUAUAGGCCCCCAUAGAUUUUCCUACAAAGAACUCAAGAAAGCAACCAGAGGUUUUAGAGAUAAAGAGCUUCUUGGUUUUGGUGGAUUUGGCAGAGUUUACAAAGGGACAUUGCCUGGUUCUAGCAACCAAGUCGCAGUUAAGCAAAUAAACCACGAAUCUAAGCACGGAUUAAGAGCGUUUGUAUCAGAGAUUGCAAGUAUUGGCCGCCUAAGGCAUAGAAAUUUGGUCCUGUUACAGGGCUGGUGUCGGCGGGGUGGUGAUCUUUUGCUUGUUUAUGACUUCAUGCCUAAUGGAAGUUUAGAUAAAUACAUUUUUGGCGAAUCAAAGAUUAUACUAACAUGGGAACAGAGGUUCAAGAUCAUCAAAGGUGUGGCGUCUGGACUUGUUUAUUUACAUGAAGAAUGGGAACAAACUGUGAUUCAUAGGGAUAUCAAAGCAGGAAAUGUGUUACUGGAUUCUGAAAUGAAUGGCAGGCUUGGAGAUUUCGGGUUCGCUAAGUUAUACGAGCAUGGUGCAAAUCCUACCACCACGAAAGUUGUGGGCACACUGGGAUAUUUGGCCCCUGAGCUGACGAAAACCGGCAAGCCCACCACAAGUUCAGAUGUUUAUGCAUUUGGUGUAUUGUUGCUGGAAGUUGUUUGUGGGAGGAGGCCAAUAGAGGCCAAAGCAAUGCCUGAAGAAUUGUUCUUGGUGGAUUGGGUGUGGGAUAAGUGGAAACAAGGGUCGAUUCUUGAGGUUGUUGAUUCAAGGUUACAAGGGAAGUAUGAUGAGACAGAGGCUGUAGUAGUGAUUAAAUUGGGAUUGUUGUGCUCUAAUAAUGCCCAAGCCAAAAGGCCUAGUAUGAGGCAGGCGAUGAGGUACUUGGAAGGUGAAAUGGCGCUGCCUCAAGUUUUGGCAGCGCCCAGCGAAUUUGAUGGCAAGAAGGUUGAUGACAAUGGGAGGCGUAGCAGCCCCGGUUUUGAGGACUCUGUGCACUCGUAUCCAUCAUAUGAGAAGGGGAGUACAUGGUGGUCGGUAGAGGGGGACGUAGAUCUUGAAGCUGGCUCACCGUUAUCUUCCUCAUGUAGAGUGGAGUAGGAGUUGCAUAUUAAGGAAUAGUAGUGAAAUGCUCCUACUUCUUCCAUUGUUGAUCUUUUGUAUCUUUUCAGGUGAAUCUGUAUAGUAUUAUUGAUUUCCAACUUCAAAGAUAGUUUUGCAUGAGAGUUGGCUGAUAUUGUAUAUAAAUUAUGAUGUUAUCAUCCUUA